AUGUUUGCCGUACGUGGAGGUCCAUGUCUGUUGAUACUUCUGGCUAUUUUGGCGCCCGUGAGUUUCGCGACGAGCAUUAAUUACGAGGAUCUGCAACCAGCGGCUACCUUUCAUUUCCAUCGACACGAGGAACGUGGUGGUAACGAUCGUUACGCUAUUCACCAAGGCAAAGCUAGUGAUCACGCCGAUACGGGCUACAAAUGUUAUCACGAAGCGGACGAAGUUACCAAAGGUCACGAUAACUUGGACAAAGGUUACGGGUAUUACGGCGAUGAUGGCGAAGGGAAGACGUACUAUCAUCAUGACAACGAUCGUUACGAUGAACAUCACGAAGGUAGGGAAAGUGAAAAGGGUGAAAAGUUCCUCGACAAUGACCAUUAUGACAAUGGACACAGCACCCAUGGUCGUCACGACGUAGAGGAAUUAGACGAAUAUCAGAAUCACAACGAGUUUUACGAUGAAGAACAUGAUUUUGAUUUCGACGAGGAAGAUGACGGUUAUCGUUAUGGUCACGAGGAAAAGAAAGGUGAAGAUUAUAAGGAUGAUCGUCACGAUUACGAUGAACACAAGACCUAUCAUUAUGGUAAAAGAGAUUAUGACGAACAAGGACACCAUUGUAGAGAUCAUAAGGGAUACAGUGGCGAAGAAGAUCACCAAGAUUAUUAUUACAACGACUAUCUUGACGGUAAAAAGGAUUCAAGUGAUCGCGGCUGGAGGUGGAUACAUAAGAUAGAGUACUAA